AUGGCGACCAGAAUCAGUCGAAGCGGAGCUUUUGCUUCAGCUCUGCGGCCCUCGAAACCGUCCACAUCAUGCCGCGCCGCCCACGUCCUGCGCCCUAUUUCGACAACCGCUGCUCGCAAUGUUGUGAUGCCGGAUGCUCAAGACCUGCGCAAGGCCCCCCGCGAUACCAUUGGCACCCUCGAGGCCCCUAUUGUGAACCCGGCCGAUAAGUACCAGAGUAAGGCGGACAACUUACACCGCUACGGCGCCUGGUUGAUGGGCUGCAUGCCCAAAUACAUCCAGCAGUUCUCCGUGUGGAAGGAUGAGCUCACGAUCUACAUUGCACCAUCUGGUGUCAUCCCGGUCUUCACCUUCUUGAAGUUCAACACCGCUGCUGAGUUUACCCAGUGCAGCGCCGUCACAGCUGCCGACUAUCCGACACGCGAGAACCGGUUCGAGAUUGUUUACAACAUGCUAUCCGUCCGCCACAACUCUCGUAUUCGCGUAAAGACAUAUGCAGACGAGGCAUCGCCAGUUCCCAGCAUCACUGGCCUCUACGCCGGCGCUAACUGGUACGAGCGCGAAGUCUACGAUCUGUUUGGUGUGUUCUUCGUGGGACACCCCGAUCUGCGUCGCAUCAUGACGGACUACGGCUUCGAAGGCCAUCCCCUCCGGAAGGACUUCCCCUUGACCGGAUACACCGAGAUCCGAUACGACGAGGAGAAGAAGCGCAUUGUGACGGAGCCUCUGGAGCUGACGCAGGCCUUCCGUAACUUUGAGGGCGGUUCCAGUGCAUGGGAGCAGAUUGGACCAGGCGUAGACAGGACUCCCGAGUCUUUCAAGCUGCCCACUUCCAAGCCUGAAGAGAAGAAGGAGGAACCAAAGAAGUGA